AUGGCCCGGCGGCUUUGCUUGCUGGCUGCAGUGGCAGCCGCCCUGCUUCGCGCCGGCUGCUUCGUUGGGGUCCAGCUGUUCCCUUCACGCGUGGCUCGGCCUCCGAGGGUGUCGGGGCAUUCCACGGCUCGUGCAUUGCUGCAGGACCAGCUCAUUGAGCCCCUUGUCGAUUUUGCCGGAAAUGGCACGGCAUUUGCAGUGAGCGAUGCUGUGCUGGCAGAUGCAACACCGGCGAUACAGACCAUGAAGUACGAGGUGCCAACCUUCAGCCCAGGAUUUGUGGUCGACGGGGUCAUCAGCACAGAGGAUUGCCAGCAGCUGGUCCAGCUGUGCGAAGACAUCGGCUUCCGAACUCGCUGGAGUCAGGUGGGUGCCGUGACACUCUACAUGCCCGAGCAGUUCUCGAAUCAUAUCUUUGAGAGGCUGAAGCCCUUCUUGCCGGACCACUUUGGCGGCCGACCCAUUGGCAUCCAUCGCCGGUGGGCCGUGCUCAAGUAUGAGAAGGGCCAGUAUCUGAAUCCCCACAUCGAUGGGCACACCCCGGGCACUGUGCGCAUAGGAAAUGAGCUGCAGAAGGAGACGGGCACGCGCUCCUACAUGUCCUGCCUCUUCUGGCUGAGCGACGACGUGGAGGGAGGCGAGACCGUGUUCACAUACCCGCAGGGGGGGACCUGGGUGGCGAUUCCGCCAAAGACGGGUGCCGCGCUCUUGUUCUUCCAUGGGCAGAACGCGGUCAACAACCCCAUGCACUAUGGUGGCGACGUGAAGUCCGGAGUCAAGUACCUGGUUCGGUCAGACAUCAUCUACCAGACCUGA